CCGAUUUGGACAGUGCUCGGCCUCUCUAACUUUUGUCAAAUGCCGCCGAAGCCGCAGAAGACAAAGGAGGCGAAGGCCAUUGCGGCCGCGUCCGGUGGCAAGUCCAAGAAGAAGAAGUGGUCGAAGGGCAAGGUCCGCGACAAGCUGAACAACGCUGUUCUGUUCGACAAGGACGGAUACCAGCGUCUCCUCAAGGAAGUCCCCUCGUACAAGCUCAUCACCCCCUCGGUUCUUUCUGAGCGCCUGAAGAUCCGUGGCUCUCUUGCCCGCGCCGCUCUCAAGGAGCUCGCUGACAAGGGCCUUGUCAAGCUCGUCGAGUCGCACUCUGCUCAGUACAUUUACACUCGCUCGACCAAGGGUGACGAGAUGGCUGCCGCUGCUGAGGCUGAGGCUGCUGCCGCCGCCACCACCAAGGGUGGCAAGAAGGGUGGCAAGAAGGAGGCUGCCUCUGCUGAUGCAUAAAUAACCUAGCCCCUGUUUUGUUAUUUGUCUUCCAGACGUUUCCCCCACCUGCUGUUUGGUGUUUUUGUUCGAAAUAAUCAAGCAGUUUUUUCCUUAUAUACAUGUUUUAUGCUCCA